GAGCAACUAGGAACUAGGAAAUCAUCUAACAGACCUAAACAAAGCCACAGCCCUGUGUUGUCUCCUUCCAUAUCUGCAUGCCCCCUUCAUCCAGAACUUUUUUCCUCUUGAUUCCUCCCAUGGAAGACUCAACCCCCCUGAAGCAAGAAAAAGAAAACAGAGAACUUAGGGAAGGAGGGCAACUGUGGGAAGAAAUGCUAACAACUUUGUCCCAAGAUCCUGAGCCUGGGUUAUCUGAGACCCCAAAGUUGGAGCAGGGGAUGGAAACUAGAUUCCAGCCCAGGAGUAGCCCUUCUGGGAGCCCCCAGUCUGGAGCCAGAACGCCUGUGGAUGACCUUGCAGGACCAUGUGCGUCAUCUCCACCCUCCUCAUCUCAGGAGCCCACUUCCAUUCCUUCUCCCUCGGCUCUGGCCAGGCAGGACCUAAUGGCAACAUGGCAGUCAGACAAGACCACUAGUGUGACUUCUGAAUAUGGGACACCUCACAUUGACCAUUUGGAACAAACAUCUGAUAAAGGAAAAUCAAUUUCUUAUCAAACAAGUCAUUCAGAGGGAAACACCUUUCAACAAUCUCAGCAAACCAAAUGUCACCUGUAUGGAUGGAGGGAUGUGAGCUACAACAACUCUAAUCAGAAAGAGCUGAGAUUUGACAUUUAUCAGGAAGAAGACUCAAACAGUAUCCAUGAUCUGGAGCAGCCUGAGUCUGGGGCUUCUGAAGUGGCCCCUAGCAUGCUUGAGAUUGCCAUUCAGAAUGCCAAGGCUUACCUACUAAAGACCAGCAGCAAGUCAGGCCUAAAUCUAUAUGAUCAUCUUUCCGAAAUGCUGACCAAUGUCUUAGAUAAGCGUCCUGAAAAUGCUGUGGACAUCAUUGAAAAUAUCAGCCAAGAUGUGAAGAUGGAACACUUCAGUAAAAAAUUGGAUACACUCCAAAAUGAGAAUGAGAUGCUUCCAACCUAUGAAAUAGCAGAGAAGCAAAAAGCUCUUUUUCUCCAGGGAAAUUUAGAAGGAGCUGACCAAGAACUGGAAGAUGAAAUAGCAGAACACUCUCUUCCAAAUGUAAUGGAGUCAGCUUUUUAUUUUGAACAAGCUGGAGUUGGUUUGGGCACGGAUGAGACUUACCGCAUAUUUCUUGCCCUUAAGCAGCUUACUGACACCCACCCAAUCCAAAAAUGUCGUUUCUGGGGCAAGAUCUUAGGUCUGGAAGUGAACUAUAUUGUAGCUGAAGUGGAAUUUCGUGAGGGAGAAGAUGAAGAAGAGGUGGAAGAGGAAGAUGCACCUGAAGAGAGGGACAAUGGAGAGCAUGAAGCUGAUGAAGAUGAUGAAGAUGAAUUACCAAGGUCCUUUUACAAGGCCCCACAGGCUAUUCCAAAAGAGGAAAGCAGAACAGGUGCCAACAAAUAUGCCUAUUUUGUUUGCAAUGAACCAGGAAGACCAUGGGUGAAGUUACCAGCAGUUACACCUGCACAAAUUGUUAUUGCAAGAAAAAUCAAGAAAUUUUUCACUGGGCGACUGGAUGCCCCCAUCAUAAGCUACCCACCCUUCCCAGGAAACGAGAGUAAUUACUUACGAGCACAAAUUGCCAGAAUUUCAGCAGGGACUCAUGUCAGCCCUCUAGGAUUCUAUCAUUUUGGUGAAGAAGAAGAGGAGGAAGAAAUAGAAUGUGGGAGAGAUAGCUAUGAAGAAAACCCUGAUUUUGAAGGCAUCCAAGUGAUUGAUCUAGUGGAAUCCCUCUCCAACUGGGUUCAUCACAUACAACAUAUACUCCCUCAGGGUCGCUGUAAUUGGUUCAACCCCAUACCAAAAAGUGAGGAGGAAGAAGAAGAAGAUGAAGAAGAAAAGGAAGAAAAAGGAGAAGAGCCUGACUAUAUAGAACAGGAAGUGGGACCUCCUCUCUUGACACCAAUCUCUGAAGAUUUAGAGAUCCAAAAUAUACCGCCUUGGACAACACGGUUAUCCUCAAAUCUAAUUCCUCAAUAUGCUAUUGCAGUCCUUAGAUCCAACCUUUGGCCUGGAGCAUAUGCCUUUUCCAAUGGCAAAAAGUUUGAAAACCUCUACAUAGGGUGGGGUCAUAAAUACAGUCCAGACAGCUAUACACCUCCAGUUCCACCACCAGUUUAUCAAGAGUAUCCUAGUGGACCAGAAAUUACAGAAAUGGAAGACCCUAGUGUGGAAGAGGAGCAGGCUUUCAGGGCUGCACAAGAAGUAGCUGUAAACCUGACCGAAGAAAACGAAGAAACUGAGGAGGAUGAAGAUGAGGAAGAUGAUUAUGACCAAUAAAAAUAAAAUUAGUUCAGUCUUAUGUGGGAGACUGAUAUACACAACAUCUUAUUUGAAAGUGAUUUUAUAUACAUACAUGUGACAACUAUUCAUGUACAAAAUACCAUUCCUUGAACAUAAAAUUUGAAUUUCA